AUGACGGUGGCGGUGUGCCAUGUCAUGCCGGCGCUGGACGUCGCUCCUCCUCACACUCGCAUGCCGGCGCCGAUGCCACCGCCGGAGCAGCUGGACAUGUGGGGCGCCAUCAACGGCUGCGCCACCAAGCCCGAGCCUCCGGCGGUCAAGCCCAAGAAUGGCUACCCGAUGGCGACGGUGCGGCGGUCCAUGAGCCAAGAGAGCCUCAGCCUCUGCACCGAGAGCCUCGGCUGCGAGACCGGCACCCGCGGCGACUUCCUCGACCUGGCGUCCCUCCUCUACGCACCGCCGACGACCGACGAUGCCGACUUAUUCUCGCCGCCGGCAUUGCAAGAAGACAACGAAGAGGAGGAGGAGGUGAUGGGGGAGGUGAUACUUAGGGAGGUGCAGUACCACCGCGCUCGGCCGCAGCGCGCGUUCCCGCCGCCGCUGCCGUCCAUGUCGCGCCGGGGCGGCGACGAUGCCGGGCCGUGCCUGCGCGUGCGCCCGCACCGCCGCGACGGCCGCCUCGUGCUGGAGGCCGUGGCCGCGAAGCCCCAGGGGUACCUCCAUGCGCAGCGCGAGGGCGGACGCCUCAAGCUCUGCUUCGUGGACUGCUCCUCUGUUCGCGGACACCAGAGGCAGAGCACGGUGCGACCACAGCAUGAACACCAGAAGCAGAGCAUGGUGGUGGAAGCAGAGGAGGAAGAAGAGGAGGAGGAGGACGAGGUGGAGGUGGUGGACAGGGGCACGGUGGUGGAGGUGGUGGCGGCGUCCGGCAAGGCGCAGCGGUGCUCCAGGAUCGUCAUCAACAAGUUCGUGGGCGGCGCGCCGGCCACCACCGACGACCUGAACGCGAUCCCAUCCCCAUCGCGCGGCUCCAGAGCCGCCGAGGAAGAAACCGCUCAUCCAGCGACGCCGGGGCUGCGCCGUGUGCCGUCGUCCACGACGACGCUGGCGGCCGCGGUGGCCGCCGCGUCCACGGGCAUGCAGCCCGGCGAGGAGGACGAGGAAGAUAUCAACGACGUGGAGGAGAAGAGCACGGCGCUGCUGUUCACGUCGCGGGUGGGGGAUCGGGAGGAGCUGGUGCAGAGCGUGCGGCGGUGCCGGCAGCUCCGGCAGCGGCCGCUCUUCAUCGUGGAGCCAUACUCCAUCGUCGCCGCCUGAUCAUUGAUCCAAAUAAGAUGCCCGCCAUUGCUAGUAGUUAAUCAAUUGAUCAACAACUAAGAUUUUCAAUCUAGUAGUACCUAGCUAGUUGUUGCUAAGAUCAUCCAUCGAUCGGUCAGUAUGUAAAAUGUAACUUUGUUCUUGAUGUCCUAUCAAAUUGAGU